AGCUUCGUCAACAUGCUCGCAGACUCCGGUGCCAAGGAUGAGUUCAAGCUGAAGGCGGCCCAGGAAUUGAGCGAACACUUCGAGCUCAUUACACAGUGCAGUAGCUACCAAAGCUUUCUCGAUCUGGCGAUGCGCGUGUUUUUGAAAGUUUUGCAGGACAACGAGCCCAUGUUUAUCACCGAAUUCAGUAUGCAGCAGGUUCGCAAGUUGAUACUGGAGAUGAUCCACCGAUUGCCACACUCGGAGCACGUGCGUCAGUACGUGAAACCGAUCAUUGUGCUGAUCAUCAAGUUGCUGCACACGGAAAACGAGGAGAACGUGCUCGUUUGUUUGCGCAUCCUGAUCGACAUCAUCAAACAGUACCGUCCGCAGUUUCAGACGGAAAUUCUAGACUUCCUCUCGUAUCUGAAGAAGAUCUACACCGAUCUGCCCAAGCACAUGCCGGUGAUGCUGGAACCGAGACAAUCGAUAAAGCUGAAAGAUCUAAAGGACCUUAACUUGGAAAGCUUGUUGCCAGAUAUCUUUACCCUGACGCCGCUGCAGGUGGAGAAGAAAUUGCCCGAUGGCAAAACGACCACCGCGUCGUAUAACCUGAUUCCCAAGGGAAUCAACUCACUGAAGGUGCUGCAAGAGCUGCCCAUCAUUGUGGUGCUGAUGUAUCAAAUUUACAAACAAAACCUACACCAGGAAGUGGCCGAUUUUGUGCCGUUGGUCAUGAACACCAUUAGCCUGCAGCCAACCAGUGCACACAAAGCUUCCCCCGGUUUCAACAAGGAAAUUUAUGUCGACUUUAUGGGAGCACAGAUUAAAACGCUCACCUUUUCCGCGUACAUAAUGCGCCUGUUUCCCGAUAACGUGCAAACGCACGCCAGCACCAUGGUGAAGGGAAUGAUCAACCUGUUGGAGAACUGUCCGAAGGAGGUGGCCAGUUUGCGAAAGGAACUGCUUGUCGCAUCACGGCACAUCCUGCAGACGGAGUUUCGAAAUCACUUCGUACCUACCAUUGAGAAGCUGUUCGACGACGAUGUGCUGUUGGGGAAGGGCUGGACGACGUACGAAAAUCUGCGACCGCUGGCGUACUCAACGCUGGCCGACCUGGUGCACCACAUCCGGCAGCAUCUGAGUCUGCAGGCCCUCUCGAAGGCGGUACACUUGUUCGCGAAAAAUAUUCACGACGAAUCGCUCCCAACCAGCAUUCAGACGAUGUCGUGCAAGCUGUUACUUAACCUGGUGGAAUGCAUCCGGCUGAAGAGCGACGUGGAGCCGGUGGCCUCGCGUGAGCUGCUCAUCAUGAUGCUGCGCGUGUUUACGAACAAGUUUCAAACCAUAUCCAAGCAGCAGUUGCCCCAACUGAUGCAGAAAUGGAAAGCGAAACCAACGGAAGAUUUGUUGACCGGAAGUUCCGAUAGUACCGAUGUGGCAGGACAGCGAGCGACGAGUAUCGGUCUGCCGGCCCCGAGUAAUCUAAAUGUAUCCGAGUAUCGCAGCUUGAUCAAGACGCUAGUUUGUGGUGUCAAAACGAUCACAUGGGGCUGCCCGGCAACGAAACCGCAGACCGAGCACCAGAGCCCGGCCAAGCUGUUCAAUCCGAGCGAAAUACUGAUCUUUAUCGAUUUGUUCCACUGGGCACUAGAAGCGCUCGAUAUUUACACCAUCAACAUUCCGGCACCGGGUAUGGCCGUCCCGCAGCCCCAGCCCGUUCAGAAGCAAACCCUGCAAAUGCCUCGUUCGAAGGAGGAAAAGGAAGUCCUGGAACACUUCAGCGGUGUGUUCCUCACGAUGGAUCCACAAAAUUUUCAGGAAAUAUUCGCCUCCACGAUCGAUUUUAUGGUCGAUCGAUUGUACAAAAACAACACCCUCCAGGUGAUUGCCAAUUCGUUCCUUGCCAACCCCAAAACGUCACCCCUGUUCGCGACCGUACUGGUGGAGUACCUGCUGGAGCGCAUGGAAGAGAUGGGCGUGAACAUCGAUCGCUCCAACUUGUAUCUGCGGCUGUUCAAGCUCGUGUUCGGUAGCGUCAGUUUGUUUGCGGCCGAAAAUGAGCACAUGCUGCGUCCGCAUCUGCACAACAUUGUGAACCGCUCGAUGGAGCUCGCAAUGACGGCGAAAGAACCGUACAAUUACUUCCUGCUGCUGCGCGCCCUAUUUCGCUCGAUCGGUGGAGGAUCGCACGAUCUUUUGUAUCAGGAAUUUUUACCCCUUCUGCCGAAUCUACUCGAAGGUUUAAAUCGCCUGCAGAGUGGCUUCCACAAGCAGUACAUGAAGGAUCUGUUCGUUGAGCUGUGCUUGACGGUGCCGGUGCGACUGUCCUCACUGCUACCCUAUCUGCCGAUGCUAAUGGAUCCACUCGUGUCCGCGCUGAAUGGUUCACCGACGCUCAUCAGUCAGGGUCUCCGCACACUGGAACUGUGUGUCGACAAUCUACAGCCAGACUUCCUGUACGAUCACAUCCAACCGGUACGGGCCGAUCUGAUGCAGGCCCUGUGGCGCACGCUGCGCACACAGGACAACGCGGCGAUCGUGGCGUUCCGGGUGCUGGGCAAGUUUGGCGGCGGUAACCGCAAGAUGAUGAUCGAGCCGCAGAAACUUCGCUACCAAGAGAACGAUCUGACCGCACCGGCGGUCGUUGCGUACUUCCAGGAUCACCGCAACCCGAUCAACUUCGCCGUGGACCGAGUGAUCGAGACGGCUUUUAAUGCACUCAAAUCGAGUGCAACCGAACCGUUCUACUGGCACCAGAGCUGGGAGGUGAUCCACUGCUAUCUGGCGGCUUCCAUCACGCUCGAUGACGAUAAGUACACGCUGCAGAAGCUCUUCAUGCACCCCAGCUUCACCGAAAACAACGUUCAGUGUGCACCGUCGUCCAACUACAUUACGGUGGAUAAGCGGGCACGGGCCACGACACAGACGGCGCUCACCAGUAUGGUCGUGGCGGCUGCUACGAAAGAGCUACGUCAAUCCGUCCUGCCCACCAUGGUGGCCGUUGUGCGGCACUACACGAUGGUGGCGAUCGCUCAGCAAGCUGGCCCGUUUCCGUUGCACAAGCACUUCCCGCUCGCCAGUGGCGGUAUGGAUCCGCUGGUGCUGAUCGAUGCGCUGGCCGAAAUAAUGGGCCACGAAGAGAAGGAACUGUGCAAACCGGGCACCCUGGCGAUGGGGCUCAUCCUUGAGACGGCCACCAACAUUAUGGGCUCGAAGGAGCGCGCCUGUCGGUUGCCGCUGAUGAACUAUCUGGGCGAAAAGAUGGCCGCCCUCUGCUACGAACGGCCCUGGUACGCGAAGAUGGGCGGUUGUAUUGCGCUCAAGUUUCUCUACCAAAACAUGGCCCUCCGGUGGCUGUAUCAGCAUAUGUUCGUGUUCCUCAAGGCGUUCAUGUUCAUCAUCAUGGAUCUGACGGGCGAGGUAUCGAGCGGUGCGAUCGAUAUGGCACGCACCAAUCUGGAGAAAAUGUUGCGCAUCUGCAUGAUGCCGCUCGAGAAGGAGUGUAAAAACGAGGAACUGCUGGUGACGCAAAAGAAAGCCACAUACGACGUGAUUCACGAGCUCGUCCGACAGGUGACCAGCCCGCAUACGUUGGUGCGCGAAACGGCAAUGGCAUCGUUGCGAUUAAUUGCCGAGCUGCAGGAGAAAACGGUAACGGAAGUGAUGAAUCCGCACCGCGAGGUGCUGGUCGAUAUGAUUCCACCCAAGAAACAUCUGUUGCGUCACCAGCCGGCCAGUGCGCAGAUCGGUUUGAUGGACGGAAACACCUUCUGUACCACACUGGAGCCUCGUCUGUUUACGAUCGAUCUCAACAUUUUGACGCACAAAGUAUUCUACCACGAAGUACUGACCCUCUCGGACGCGGACGAUAACACCCUGAACAAGCUCGAGUGCUUCAAGACGGUCACGAACUUGGUGCCGUUGCGCAAGAGUGCCCUGAAUGCGCUGGCCGCCUGUCACUACAUCCAGAACGGCAGCUGCCGGGAGAAAAUUUUCCAGAUUCUGUUCAAGGGGCUCGAGAAGAACAACGUCGAGCUGCAGGAAGCCGCUUACCAGUGCAUGAAGAACUUCCUCCAAGGAUGCUCGGUCAGCAAGGAAACGAUCCACACCUUCAUACGGCCGAUGCUGCUGCUGCUCGGUGACUAUCGUAAUCUCACGCUCAGCGGCACGCGUCGCCUGUCGUACCUGACGCAACUGUUCCCGGCCAUGUUCAACGAGAAGCUGUGCGAUUCGCUGCUCCAAAUACUGAAGAAGAUGCUGGAGGUGACGAUCACCACGAACAAGGGCAACUUUUUGGCUGCCUCCAAGACGAGCGAAAUGGAGAAGAAAAUCGUCACGAUCCUCGGCAUCUUCCACCAGAUACCGGCCGCAUCGCCCAAAUUCAUCGAGCACCUAUGCAAACUGAUCCUUCAGACAGAGAAGAGCUUAAUGAUCGAACCAUCCUCACCGUACCGGCCUGCGUUGCUGAAGUUUUUGCUACGCUACCCGAAGGAAACGAUUGACCUGCUGCUGACCGAUGUCGUCAUGAAGGAUGCCCAGUGGAACCGGUUCACCAUCUUCCUGCUGCGCCACAAAGAAGGCGCUCCGUUCCGGAAUGCGGCCCAGCUGAAGGGAUCCCGGCUGAUGCAGCACAUUCUGCUCAACUCGGAAUCGGCAUCGGCCACCAAUCCAGGCAAACCGUAUGAGGAGCGCUACGAGGCGCAACAUCAGGCGGUCCUGAUCGUGCACCUGCUGGUCGAGCACGAGGGAGCGUGGAUCACGGGUCAGACGGAAAUUAUUACAGCGCUCAAGAACAUCUGGCAGAAGGAUCUUUACAAGACUUGCCAAACGGUGGUGGUGUGCGAUCUGUGGCACCUGAUCGCCAAGAUUCUGAUCCAGUACUUCUCGUACAACACCAGCGAGAUUCAGCUGCUCUUCCAGCUGCUGCGGGCCCUCUGUUUGCGCUUCGUGCCCGAUUUCCAGUUCUUGCGCGAUUUCCUCCAGAACACCGUCUGCCAGAGCUACACGGUCGAGUGGAAACGGAAAGCGUUCUUCCAGUUCGUCGAAGUGUUCACGACCGGCGACAUGGCGCAGGAUCUGAAGGCGAAGAUUUUGACGGCGAUCAUCAUACCGAGCUUCGCGAUAAGCUUCGAGAAGGGUGAAGGCAAUCGGUUGGUGGGCGCUCCGCCGGCACCGUACCAGGAAGACGACUGCAACGUGGUGUCGGUGUUCAUCAACAAAGUGAUCGAUCCGGACAAACCGUUUGCGAACGAAGAUUGCGUGAGGAUUGCGCUGCUGCAGUUUGCCUGUCUGCUGGUGGAGAAAGCAUCGCCCCAUAUCCACGACGGAGAUGCGAACAACAAGCGUGAAGGGAACAAACUGCGGCGGCUGAUGACGUUCGCGUGGCCCUGCCUGCUGCCGAAGAACUGUGUCGAUCCUUCCGCACGGUACCACGGUCACCUGCUGCUGAGUCACAUCAUUGCCCGGCUGGCUAUUCACAAGCGGAUCGUUCUGCAAGUGUUUCACUCGCUCCUGAAAGCGCACGCCGUCGAAGCCCGGAAGGUGGUGCAACAAGCACUCGAAGUGCUAACGCCGGCGAUGCCACUGCGCAUGGAAGACGGCAACACGAUGCUCACACACUGGACAAAGAAGAUCAUCGUCGAGGAGGGUCACACUAUGCAGCAGUUGUACCACAUCCUGCAGCUGAUCGUACGCCACUACAAAGUGUACUACCCGGUCCGCCACCAUCUGGUGCAGCAGAUGAUCAACUCGAUGCAGCGGCUCGGCUUUGCCGUCAACACGUCCUCCGAGUACCGGCGUCUGUCGAUCGAUCUGGCCGAUGUCAUCAUUAAGUGGGAAAUGCAGCACACCCGCGACGAAACGGAAGAGUCCACCGGAGCAAUCGGAACCAGCGGGACUACGGCGCCAAGUGGCGCCGUCAAGCGAACCGCUUCCGGGUUGGACGAUGAAGCAUCCGGAUCGGUCAAGAAAAAGCUAACGAUCGGUGGUGACAGCGAUCCGCAGGCAUCGGCGGCCGCUGGCACGACGUCCUCGACGUUUGCGGCAAAGGUCGAUGGGCCCGGUCGUCCGAUUGAUCGCGCCCAGUACGAUACGGUGCUUAACUUUCUGUUCCGAAUGGCGUGCCAGUUCAAUGACGUUACACCCGGUACGCCCGGAAUCGUCACGGCCGCCGACAAUCCUUCGCGCCGCUGCAUGGCCCUCGUCAAGCUGGCGAUCAAACCGGACGUGCCGGUCGAUCUGAAGGUUGUGUGGUUGGACAAGAUCUUCCUGAGCGUCGAAAACCAACAGGCCAACAUUGGCAACAUCUGCACGGCGCUCGAACUGCUCACGUUCUUGCUGGGCGUGCUGAAGAAGGAACAGAUACUGAACGUACUGCGACCGCUACAGCGUGGUCUGUCGGCAUGUGUCACUUGCUCCAACACACGGGUCAUCAAACUGAUGCACGGACUGCUGUCCCGGUUGAUGGCAAUCUUCCCGACCGAUGCCCAGCACAAGUGUGACGAACUGGAAACCCUGUACAGCACCAUUUCGCGCAUGAUCUACGAAGGGUUGGCAACGUACGAGAAGAGCCCACAGGCCAAUCCGUCCACACUGUUCGGAACGCUCAUGACGCUGAAGGCGGCCUGCAGCAACAAUCCGGGCUACAUCGAUCGGUUGAUUACACCGUUCAUGCGGUUGCUCAAUCGACUGACGAAGGAACACCUGACCGGGUUCGCCGGAAUGUCGCUCGUCGACGUGGCCAACACGAACACGAUCGCACUGGAGCUGUUGGUGGUUUCGUUGGAUUUAGUUAAAAACCGGGUCGUGGUGAUGAGCGUCGAGAUGCGCAAAAUGUUUAUCGGUGCCAUUCUGGUGGGGCUGAUCGAGAAGAGCAACGACGCGAAGGUGAUCAAGGCGAUCGUGAAGAUCAUAGAGGAGUGGAUGAAGAGCAACAAAAACACCCCGGUCACGGUGCAGCAAGCACCGACACUGCGCGAGAAGUCCAUCCUGCUGGUCAAGCUGAUGCAGUACGUGGAGAAGCGCUUCGCCGACGAUGCCGAGCUGAACGGUCAGUUCCUCGAACUGGUCAACUACAUCUACCGGGACGAGGUGCUGAAGGUGACGGAACUGACCUCGAAGCUGGAGGCUGCCUUUGUGGCUGGUCUGCGCUGCCCGAAUCCACACAUCCGUGCCCAGUUCUUCGAAGUGUUCGACGGUUCGAUGCGCCGCCGGCUGCACGAUCGGCUGCUGUACGUGAUCUGUUCGCACGCCUGGGACUCGAUCGGGCAGCACUACUGGAUCAAGCAGUGCAUCGAGCUGCUCAUUCUGACGGCCAACACCAACACGCAGAUCCAGAACAGUGUGGAAGCUCACCUGCUACCGAGCAUUUCAUCGGUAAUAAACUUCGCCGAUCCGGAAGAGCGCAAAAACUUUGUCAUCUACACGACGAUCCAGAACGAGUCGACCGAUGCGUUCGAUCCGAUCGAAGACAAGGAAGAUGCGUUCGAUAUGGACAUGAGCGUGGAUUCGAACAUUUCACGGCACGAAGAAAGCGAACGCCCGGUAGCGAACCGGCAGGCGGCACUUGCCAAGCUCAUCAGUCGCCAGGCGGACUUUAUGGAAGCGAGCCGGAAGGUGCGCACCGAGCAACUGCUCGUUGCGGCCGCCCAGCUGUGUCACAUGGACACGCAGCUGGCCGAGAAGGUGUGGCUCGAUAUGUUCCCGAAGUUGUGGGAACUUCUCGACGCGACCCAACAGCAGUCGCUCGAUCGCGAGAUCAUUCCCUUCCUGUCGUCCGGGACGCACAUCAUCCAGAAGGACUGCAGUCCGACGGCACUGCACACGUUCAUUGAGGCGCUUGCCCAGUGCCGGCCACCGGUCUAUCUGCCACCGCAACUGAUGGCGUACCUCGGGAAGGCACACAAUCUGUGGCACCGAAUGACGCUGAUGCUCGAGUCGCUGGCUGCCGAUUGGCCGAACGUGAAAGAUCAGUUGCCAGAGUGUGUCGAUCAGGACGACGGAGGAACGCGCGACUGUUCGAUCGUGCGCGAACCACUGUCGCAGAUGUACUCGGCGCUCCACGAGGAGGAUCUGUGGGCCGGGCUGUGGCAAAAGUACGCCAAGUAUGCGGAGACGAGCCGUGCGAUUGCCCACGAGCAGAUGGGGUAUUUUGAGGAGGCGCAAAGCAUUUACGAUUCGGCCAUGUCACGCUUCAAGCAGGACCUGAACAGUGGCCAAACGCCAACGGACAUGAACAGUGAGAUACUGCUGUGGGAGAACCAUUGGAUUCGGUGCGCGAAGGAGCUGAAUCAGUGGGACAUUCUGAUGGACUACGGGCAGCUGUGUCGCGAUAAGAACACGUACCUCAUCAUGGACAGUGCGUGGCGCGUGCCGGACUGGGGCCUGAUGAAGCAGGUGCUCCUGAAGGUGGAACAAUCCUGUCCGAAGCAGGUCGGAUACAAGAUCAAUCUGUACCGCGGCUAUCUGGCGAUCCUGAAUCAGGAGGACCCACAGCACACGGCCAGUGCAACGGUCGAGCGGUACGUGGAGCUCGCCUCGGGCUACUGUAUGCGCGAAUGGCGUCGCCUACCGCCGAUCGUUUCGCACAUCCACCUGCCGAUACUGCAGGCCUCGCAGCAGAUUAUGGAACUGCAGGAGGCGAGCCAAAUCCAUCAGGGCUUGCUGCAGAACCGGACGACCUCGCUGCACGACAUGAAGGCGAUCGUGAAAACGUGGCGCAACCGGCUGCCCGUGAUCGCGGACGAUCUGUCGCACUGGAGUGACAUCUUUACGUGGCGCCAGCACCACUACCAGAUCAUCACGUCGCACCUGGAGCAGCAGAACGAACCGAAUGCCCCGUGCAUGAUCGGAGCGCACGCGUCCGCCCAGACCAUCAUCCACUUCGGCAAGAUUGCGCGCAAACAGAACCUGACGAGCGUGUGCCAGGAUUCGCUGUCCCGGAUCUACACCAUCCCGUCGGUCCCGAUCGUCGACUGCUUCCAGAAAAUCCGGCAGCAGGUCAAGUGCUGCCUGCAGACGGCAUCCGUCACGAGCCGGGCCGAGCUGACCGAGGCGCUCGAUGUGAUCGAGCCGACGAAUCUGGACUACUUCACCAAAGAGAUGACGGCCGAAUUUUACGCCCUCAAAGGGCUGCUGCUGGCCCAAACGGGACGCUCGGAGGAAGCGAACAAAGCGUUCAGCGCGGCCACCCAGCUGCACGAUACGCUCAUCAAGGCGUGGGCCUUCUGGGGCGAGUACCUGGAGCACAUCUUCACCCGAGACUACCGCCAGAUUCACCUCGGCGUGUCGGCCGUCACGUGCUUCUUGCACGCGUGCCGCAACCAAAACGAAAGCAAAUCGCGCAAAUACCUGGCCAAGGUGCUCUGGUUGCUGUCGUACGAUGACGACAAGUCGUCGCUGCUGAACGCGCUCGACAAGUAUGCGGUCGGUGUGCCACCCGGUCAGUGGGUACCGUGGAUUCCGCAGCUUCUCUGUAGCUUGGUGCAGUACGAGGGCAACGUCAUCAUGAACCUGCUCAGUCAGGUCGGCCGUAUGUUCCCGCAGGCAGUCUACUUCCCGAUACGCACCCUGUACCUCACGCUGAAGAUCGAGCAACGGGAGCGCUACAAAAGCCUCGAACAAACCUCGACCGUGCAGGCCGCACAGCUAAAGAGCGAGACCGCCAGCACCAGCACCGGGGCUGCGGGCGGAACGUCCACCACGACACCAAUCCGUGCCACACCGCCAAUGUGGCGCUGUUCUAAGAUUAUGCACCUCCAGCGUGACAUCCACCCGACGGUGCUCAGCUCGCUCGAGGGUAUCAUCGAUCAGAUGGUGUGGUUCCGGGAGAACUGGUACGAAGAGGUGCUCCGACAGCUACGCCAAGGGCUGACCAAGUGCUACGUGAUCGCGUUCGACAAUCGGGGAGCGGUCAACGAGACAACGAUCACGCAACACACGCUAAACUUUAUCAAAAAGCUCGUCUCAACGUUCGGAAUCGGAAUAGAAAACAUCUCCAGCUCCGUGUCGGGAACGUUUGCUUCGGCGGCCUCGGAGUCGCUUGCCCGGCGCGCCCAAGCCACCGUGCAGGAUCCGGUGUUCCAGAAGAUGAAGGGACAGUUUACGAGCGAUUUCGAUUUCUCCCAACCCGGUGCCAUCAAGCUGCACAAUCUCAUCAUGAAGCUGAAGGUGUGGAUCAAAAUCCUGGUGGCGAAAACGAAACCCUUGCCCAAAUCAUUCCUCAUCGAAGAAAAGUGUCGCUUUUUGUCCAACUUUAGCCAAAAGACGGCCGAGGUGGAACUGCCCGGUGAGCUGCUGUUGCCGAAGAGCUCGCACUACCACAUCCGCAUCGCCCGGUUUAUGCCACGGGUGGACAUUGUGCAGAAGCACAAUACGGCCGCCCGGCGGCUGUACAUCCGCGGGACGAACGGGAAAAUCUACCCGUACCUGGUGGUCAACGAUGCGGGCAUUGCGGAUGCACGGCGCGAAGAGCGUUUGCUGCAGUUGCUCCGAAUGCUAAACUCGUAUUUGGUAAAACGGAAGGAAACGUCGCGUCGUUUCCUCUACCUGACCGUACCACGGGUCGUGGCCGUUUCCCCACAGAUGCGACUGGUCGAAGACAAUCCGGCCAGCGUAUCGUUGCUCGAGGUGUACAAAUCGUGCUGCACCAAGCUUAACAUGGAGCACGACGCACCGAUUACGCGGUACUACGAGCGGCUGGCCAAGAUACAGGCCCGCGGAUCACCGACCAAUCACGUCAUACUGCGCGACAUUCUGAAGGAGACGCAAUCGCAGAUGGUCCCCCGGACACUGCUGAAGGACUGGGCGUUCCGUACGUUCCCGUCGGCCACCGAUUACUGGCAGUUCCGGAAGAUGUUUACGCUGCAGCUAUCGCUUUCGUGUCUGCUCGAGUACGCGCUCUGUCUGACGCGCCUCAAUCCGGACAUGAUCUAUCUGCACCAGGAUUCUGGGCUGAUGAACGUAUCGUACUUCCGGUUCGAGAUGGACGACAGCACGGGGCUGCUGGACGUGAACCGCCCCGUUCCGUUCCGUCUGACGCCCAACAUUGCCGAGUUUGUGUCACCGGUUGGUGUGGCAGGACCACUGACGGCGUCCGCAGUUGCAACCGCCCGUUGCUUCAUCCAGCCCAGCUUCAAGCUGACCACCAUUCUGAAGGCGAUCUUGAAGGAUGAAAUCAUUGCCUUCCACAAGAAGCGCCUAAUCGACGAGAAGGUUCUCGACCAAAACAGUCAGUCCUCUCAGGCCAGCGGAAGUGCAUCCUCUUCGAGCGCAUCGGCUGCCAGUAGUGGAGGAGCUGGUGCCGCCACCGCCGCCACAACGGCUACAGGAGGGACAGGAGCGGCCACUGCCACUCCGUCGUCACAACCCACCGACCAAGACAACGGAGCGAUCGAUAUCGAUGCCGAAACGAUCAUCACGACGGUGAACAAGGCGGUCAGCAACAUUAUGGGCCGCCUGAACAAUCUGUCGCGCAUCGACAGUGGCGAAGCGAACCGCAUGAGCACGUUCGUGCACGUGGCCACCAAUCCGGACAAUCUCUGUCUGAUGGAUCCGGCGUGGCAUCCGUGGUUGUAA